UCUGACUGGCAGGAAUUCAUCUCUCUUUCCAUCAAGCACCGACGGAGCGAUGGCGGAAGCGCAGCUGAACGAGCAGCAAGUGAUUGCCACGUACAAAGGCAUGAGGAACGAAGUGCGGCAACUUGCCGAGAAGCAUGCCGAGCUGGAACUGGAGCUCCAUGAACAUCAACGCGUGGCAGACACGUUGAAGGGAUACGACGGCUCCCGCCGUGCGUUCCGUAUGGUGGGCGGCGUCCUCGUCGAGCGCACCGUAGCAGAAGUAUUGCCGGCCGUGGCCAGCAACGCCGAGGGAAUCCAAAAACUCAUCGUGCAAGUCGCGGACCUGCUAAAGCAAAAGGAAGCGGCAGCGAACGCGUGGCAGGCCCAGUACAACAUUCGUUCUCAAUAAACGUUGCCGUUGUUGUCGGAUAGGCGCACUGCUGGACGCUAUGAAUGCAUUUGCGACGCCAUGACUUUCCUCUGUAGCAUGCAAGUCAGUCGAGGCAUGCAAUCGAGAUCGACCCCUUACUUGCAAUGCUAAGUUGAUGGCUUUCACGUGGUCG